UCAAUUUUUGCGGGAAAUGGAUUUUGCAAGAAAUGAGUGUGUGGGAAAGGGAAGAAGGUGGCAGAGAGAUGGGCAAAGAGGGGGACGAAGGGAGGGAACGGAGAGUGCGGAAAGCAAGCGAGGGAAUAGCAGUGAAUUUCUGGGAGGGUGAUUGGGCUGGGAAAUUUUCAAGGGUGUUGCAUUUGUCUCUGUAUUUCACCACCAGUGAUCUUGGAGAUGGUAAAUCGAAUGUCAAAAAUGCGGGCUGUGUCUCGUCUUUGUCAAGGUUAAGUUCGACUGGACGUGCAAGGACAGUGAUGGCUGCUAGUGCUGCUGCUGCUGCCAUUGGUAACGACAUGGCAGAAGAUUUGUUUGGGCCAAAGAAGGAGAUUCGGAAUCCGCUAGUCCCGAUCGGUGCCAUGGCGACAGCUGGUGUGUUGAUCGCUGGACUCUAUUCGUUCCAUAAGGGAAAUGCAGCUCGAAGUCAAAAUUUGAUGAGAGCAAGAGUUGUUUUGCAGGGGGCGACAGUUGCCCUCAUGCUCGGAACUGUGACCUACCAACAGCAGCAGAAGAAGUGAGUCAUGUGCAUGUGCACACAGAGAGAGAGAGAGAGAGAGAGAGAGAGAGAGAGAGAGAGAGAGAGAGAGAGAGAGAGCAUGUCUGCAAUGGAUAGGUUUCCUGGCGAGGACAUAGGCUGUUGUAGUUUUGCUCACUGAUUUCAAAGAGAGAGAGAGAGAGAGAGAGAGAGAGAGAGAGAGCAUGUGUGCAAUGAAUGGAUUUCCUGGCGAUGACAUAGGCUGUUGUCAUUUUGCUCACUGAUCUCCAAAAUUGACUUCGCAGCUUCAGCCUGGAGAGUCGGAGGGAAUUGAACUCCUGAUCUUGUGGUGAACAUUUGAUGUGAUUCUUGUUGUAUAUGGGGUGUAACCUUGAGACGGUCUGGAUUCUGUAGAGUUCUUUGCUGAUUUAUUGUGUCCUUGAGUUUUUCUGAAGGUUUCCAAAUGAAUAUUUGCCUCUCCU